GGGAAUCGCGACGGUCUAUACUUUCAACAUAAGAAGGGGCCCCAGUACAGAGCCAUGAUGAACACCAGUGUCGAGAGUGCAGGGUUUGGACCAGGAGCCAAUCCAUGUGACCUGAAAGGUGCGAUUCUUCAGGCAGCUCUCGGGGUCGUGCGGUGUACUGAGGCACGAGAGUUGCGUCAACGGUUAAACCUGGGCUCCCGUCUCGUCCUUCCCGCGCUGCUCGCCACAUUGGUGUCAGAAGUGGGAUGUGGCCUGCGCAUGCGCGGGGGGAUUUGAGUUUCGCGGUUUAGCCCAUGGACAAUGCACCCUCGGGGGGAUUUGAGUUUCGCGGUCGAGCCCAUGGACAACGCACCCUGCGCUAUGGGAGCGCAGCGCCCCCCUGUGGACACGACCGGAAGGCCCGGAGGACCGGCAGCUGCCCACCGUCCCAGGACAGCGGUUAGGCUGCCGAAGUUCACCGGGGUAACGCAGUUGGAACCAUACCUGGCCCAGUUCCGGCUUGCAGCAUGGCACAACGGCUGGGGUGCCGAGGAGGCGGUUGUCCACCUUGCCCUGGCGUUGGAGGGGACGGCAGCACGGGUGCUGCUCGACCUGGACCAAGCGGACCAGCGAGACCUUCAGGCCCUGAUCCAAGCAUUGGAGAGACGGUUGGGUGAACGGGUCUCCAGCAACGAGAGCAAGCAGUUGCUGGCUUCUCACCGCCGCAGGGAGGAGGAGAGCCUGGGGGUCCACGCUGCGGAUGUCCAGCUUUUGACCCGACGCAGCUACCCGGAAUUUUCCGCGGCUACACGGGAGGCCCUGGCGCUCCACGCUUUCCUGCGGGGACUGCAGCCGGAGAGUCUGGGGCAGCAUGUCCGCCUCACCGCGCCCCAGACCCUCGAUGCGGCUCUGGACCAGGCCGAACGGGCUGAGGUGGAGCUCUGCCGCCGUCGCGGUGGUGGAUCCGUGGACGCGGCUGGGGCAGCCCUCCCCCCCGGCACCAAGAACGUGGGGGUCAAGUCCAGGCAACGGAAGGGCCGGAUCCGGACGGCCACCGCCACCGAGACGGCUGAGGCUUCCCUUGCGCAGUGUCGGCAGCUGGGGCUGGUCGAGGACUGCGGGUGGACGUGGCAGCGUGCCACUCAUCCUCGUCGCAGCCGCCGGCGUGGCCGUCGGAAGGCCAGACGUCGGAGGGCGGCGGAGGAUGGGGUGCCCGAACGGCGCUCCAGAGGCCCCCUACAGCGGAACCUGGUGGGGGCCCCGAUGGAGGUGGUCCCCGACCACAACCCCAGGACCGCUACUGACUGUUGGAGACAGGCGUCCCAACCCGAGGGGAAGGCUGCACCGCAACGGGGCCGCUACUGGCCGGGGCCAAGGCGGCGGCGCCGGCCCCCUGAACAAUCGGGACUGUGCAGUGGGUGUUGGGGUCGUCGGGACGUCUGA